ACUCAAAACACUGUCUCUGCGCUUUUAGGAAAAGAUGCAUUCAUCAAGAAUCACCUAAAUAUAUUUGAUAAUAGUGUAUUCUUUUGAUAAAUAAUGUCCGGAGGCCUUAUGGAAAAAGUUUUCAUAGGCUUGGAUAAUGCGCCUGCCGCAUUUGAUAUAAAAUCACGGAUACUCGGACCUAAUGGAACCAAUUUGGAGUAUAUAAGAUCCGAGACUGGUGUGGUCGCUGUGUUGAAAAGUGAUAAGUUUGAACCAUUGCAUCUUGCCUUGCACCACACGCGUUCGGAGGCUUUAGCUGCGGCUAGGUCUUUGGCGCAAAAUCUUAUAGAGACAAUACGGGCCGAAUUGGCUCAGUGGAGCGCAGCGCAGGCAGGUGGACCGCCGCCUGCGCUUAAUGUUCCACCACCAGCGCUAACAACAACCGCUGCACCUCCUCCUGUGCCCGCACCUAUAGUAUCGGUCGCUCUAUCCAAUCCAACCACGUUAACCACAUCUACCCAACAAGUGGUACCUCCCGUAGUGAGUGUAGCACCAGCUUCCACACCCCUGAUGACUGUCCGUCAACCCACAGUGCUACAACUUCUGCCUCAACAACAAUAUGUCCUCAAUCAAGAGAGCGGGCAGCUCAUACCUAUUGUUCAGCCCGGAAUGCAAGUCUCCAAUACAAACUUCACAUCACUGCCAAUAGCUCAACAGCUGAAUACAAUCCAACAACCAAAUUUUGGAACACAGAUAGUUGAUAUAUCUAAUAUGCAGCCGGUAACUCAAUUGAGGCUUAGUGGAGUCCCAUCUUCAAUGUCGAUGUUAUUGCCGAACGGUCUCUCCUUCCCUCAAGCGACUUUGACUGGUGCUGACACAACCACAGUCAGUUCAGCGACAUCAACUCCAGUGGUGUGUGCAGCACAAAGCACAAAUUCAUCACAGAAGAUUCUAUACACGGAGAAGGGUGAUAAGGAAGUCAAAUACCAUAUCCAAGGAGCUGAGACAAUGCAAUGGACGGUUCCGGGAUCCCAAACAAUGUUAAUACCAUACCAACAACUGCAAGAUUUAACAUCAAACCAGACCGGAUUAGCCAAUCUUCAACCACAGCAAUUUGUAUCAAUCGCACCAGCAAACAGCUUCCAACAGACAUCACUCCCUCUAUCCGCACUACAGCUACAACAAUUACAAACCACUGGUACUAUAAUGCAGUUCAAUCAGAAGCCAAUAGUGAGCAGUGCCUCAUUAAUAAAUAUAAUAUCAACUGGCCAAGCAUCUUCGCCACAAAUCAUAUCUAGUUCAACGCCGACUAAAAAUUCUGGUCAAGAAUCAAGAGGACAGAAGAGAUUGUCCGAUGGCACUCCGAGUCAAUUGCAAUUACGUCCUAUAGCGCCGGCCGGGUCGCAUGUAAGCCAAGACAAGACGUCGUCGAGAGAUUCCCGCUCGUGGACUGCAGCUAGAGACAACACUAUUGUCAGCAUGGGGAUGAAAAUAAACCCAGCCCACGGCACCAUCAUCCACGUUUCUUCAGGCCAACAGACGAACGUUUCAGCAUCUUCCGUAGCUCAAGAUGGCAGCGGAAUGUACAUUAAGCAGAUCGACAGGAACGCCAUACAGAUACAGACGAGCAAAGACGGACAGAAACAAGAGCUGACCACUAAUAAGAUACAGAACACAGCACAGAACCUGCAAAUGAUAACUGUGCCUCAGGGCAUGACCGUGCUGCAGAAUCCGCUGAACAUAAGUCAAAUGCCGACCGUGAUAGGUCAACCCAACAGCCAAGUGUACAUGAUACCAACGAAUCAUCCGAAUCUCGUCCAAGGAGGACUCCCGCCGGGUUUGAUCAGCCAACAAGUUCUACAACCGGGACAAAACGUAACGGUCAUGCAACCAAAUCAACUCGGCAUGCCGGGUGGAGUGCAAUACAACAUGCCUUUGAUGCCAAUGAACAUGCAAGCCAAUUCGCAGUACAUGCAAGGCAUAAACCUGAACGCGCAACUCUCAGCCCAACAAUUGAACGCAGCUUUGGCUGGGCAGCAGUUGGCUAACUCUAACUUAGCGGUUUCCGGGACCAUACCUAUAGUACAAGCCCCGCCGUCGGCUUCGCCUAUGACGAACACACAAACUAUACCAGUCUCACAACCUCCACCGGUACAUCAGAUAGUUCCACAACAGUCUAGUUUCAUCACACCGACCUCUCAGUACGCGGGCAUGCCGCCUCAAUACGUCAUGCAAGCUAACUCCGGAGCGAUCACAAUGCCAGCUUCUAACCAGAACGUCCAGUACACGAUGCCCACAAAUCAAGCUACGAACCCAGCACCCACCAACGGCAACGGUCAAACACCAGCCGCGGAAUCGGAUUCAACAAACGGAGGCAGCAACCAAACUAAUUACAUUUCGUCAUCGUCCCAAGAAAACAAUUACGCCAUAUCAGGUACCACGCCGGUACAGAAUAACGGACAGCAGAAUUUCUCAUCAGACGGAAGUACGACACAAUCAGGCACAUACACGGCCAGCAACCAAACCGUCAACCAGCAGAAUUAUACACAAAACGGAAGCAACACAACCUACAGCAACCAAGCUACGGCGCCGCCGAGUUAUCCCACGAACGGAUCCAAUCAAACCAGCCAAUACACUACGAUAUCGAACACCUCGCAAGCGAACUUCUCGCCGUCUUCAACGCCAGCGCCUAACCAGACGUAUCCCAGCAUACCGAACCUGGGAUAUCCGAAUCAGAACGGACAGAACCCGUAUCCGAAUGCUACAGGACAGAAUCUGGCGGCAUACGCCAGCAACCAGUACCAAUACACGAGCAGGCCGUGGUUCAGAGCGCGGUACGGAUCACCUCAAGGCUCUCCAUACAGUUCCAACAACGUUCCUCCAAUGCCGGUCCCUCCGCCUGCCAAUUACAACUAUUGGCAGGACAGUUGAGAUUUGGAGAUCAUCGAUACGGAUCUACCUGAAUCCUGACAGUUGGGUUUUGACAUUUUCCUCGGUUAAACACCGACAACAUGUGCGCCCGUGACGAAACGAACAAUACAGUGUAGUAUAAGUGUAAAUUUAUAUACUACCCGCAACGACCACAGCAGCUAGGAUCGUGCCAGGAAACUGUAAACUGUAUAUUUUAAGACUGCUUUAAUAUUUUAUUACAUUUAUGAAAUGUAUCGGAAUGUAUCUAAAUAUAAAUAUGUUAAUAUAGUCUGUGUAAAUAAAAGACUUAAAUCGUGUAACCGUUUAUAGUUCUACAAAACAUGAUAUGACCAGACAGGUAUAGUCCCAACAUAUAUUUUAUUAUAUAUAAAUGUCCAACACUUAUGUCACGUGAUCUCACUUCGCAGAACAUUGAAACAUAAUGACGGAAUAAAAAAAAUGGUGGGAGUUAGGUUUAUGCGAUUUUUGUAACAAAAUAAAACCUUAUGUUAACGAAUAACCUAAACAUUAACGAGACUAGAACAUCUAAUUGUUUUUGAUGUUAGGACGGAGUGAGACUCCAAGCUCUUUGAUAUAAAAAUAUAUUACCAAGCGUUA